AGGUCUGCUGAGCUGGCUGAGACAGGAGGCACAGUUGAAGAAGAUGGUCCUGGUUGUUGUUUUUAUCUCCUUGUUUCUGGAUCAUAUGCUGCUCUCGGUGGUUGGUAGGUUAACUCAUGAUUAAUGAGUGAAUUGUUUUUAAAGACAUUUCAAAUCUGUAUUUCACAUUCAUAAACAUGAUAUGUUUGCAUGUGUGGUGAUAGGCUUGUUGGUGUAUUAUCUCAAGUGACCCUGAGACUUGACGAAAAUUGAUUAUUUUUAUAAACAAAGGAUUUUUAAUUUUCUUUCUCUGGCAGCUGUGUUUUUAUCUUUUAUUUAUUCUGUACUUUGUUUUACUUCACUUUGUGGACAGUGCCCAUCCUCCCCAGUUACCUGUACAGUGCUGAGCAGGCUGAAAUCCUCUCCUCUGAGAACAGCUCUGACUCUACAGUGGAUUUGACUUCUCCACACCAGAGUCCACUUCCCUCCAGGAACUUCACCACGGCCCAAAAUUCCUCUGACUCAAACUGCUCGGAAGCGGGAGCUGAGCUGGAAGGAGUGAACAUCAAAGUAGGCCUGUUGUUGGCCUCAAAGUCGACUGUUCAGCUCAUCACGAACCCUUUUGUUGGACCGCUCGCUGACAGGUGAGUGAAACUGAUCUGUGAAAGGCAUUUAUCAAACAAUUUCUAAGCUCUAUAAAACACACUGACUCAGUUUUCCCUACAACUACAGGGAACAAGAGAUGCAGCUCCAAAGAGUUAAACAGUAGCCUACAUGUUAUUAUUUCAAAUUUUUUCAAGUGGAAGAGAACUAGUGGUGUCUGCCUUUUUACUGAUUAGUUAUGGUGAUGUAGUGAACAUCAUAACUUAUCUGGCUAAUAGUGGUACAUCUCUGGGCAAUUUACUGGACUUCUUUUUCUUCUUUACAGAACAGAGUAAAAAUAGACUUGACACUAAAUUUAAUUGGGAAAGCCAAUAAUUAUGACAAAUCUGAUAUAUUUCAUUAACAGCCUAAAUUCUUUGAAAAUAGCUUUGAUGUAGCCAAACUAUUUUGCUGUGUUGCUGUAGCUUAGCUCUCUACGUUUCUUUGAAUGGUAGCCAUAGAUGCUAAAUUUAAUUUCAUUUGGCUAUCUACAGACUGAUUUCAAUCUGUAAAACUUAAUUUAAAACCUGUGCCAUAAAUUUGAAAGUCAGGCUUGUUUGGAUGUUUUUGCUAUUGUUGGCCAGUGCUCCCUUAAAAUAGAGAUCUCUGCUACGUUCCAGUUAUACUCGGAACUCCGAGUCGGAUAUUAAUCUAGAACGCCCCCCUGAAAUUGGAUUCCCGACUCGGAAAAUCGGACGAUCUUCGCCAACCCCGACUUGACGACAACAGCUUUAUCCAAGAUGGCGGCGCAGUGUAUCAGCAGUAAAGAGUAACACUAAAAGCCCUCGCAAUGUUUUAUUUAUUAGCGCUUCUAUCAUGUUUAUGUGAAAUUAAAUAAGUGGUACAUGUUGUACUGCCCAACGUCUAACUGUGAACACGGUGCUAUGGUGUUUGCCCGAGUAAAAUACUGUGUUAUGCGUUGUUUACAACUGGUAUAGCAAACAACAACUCACAACGACAGCUGACAACAACCAACAACAGCUGACUACCGCUAACAACAACAGACAACGGCCACCGACAGCUGACAAUUUUAAUAACUGCUAACAACGGCUAACAGUUGGCGUCCAUCUUGGUUUCCCGGAUUGUUACCUGGAACGCCGUCAACUCGGGUGUAACGUCACUCCCAGCUCCGACAUCCGACUUCCGAGGUAACUGGAACGCAGCAUCUUCUGACCUGGCUAAAUAAAAUUUACAUAAAAUAAAAUUUUGUAUCAAAUUAAAAAGUUUCCUUUUUAGCAUAUCAUUUUAAAAAAGUUUUUUAUAUUUUUUUUUCUUACUAAAAUCCCCAAACAACUAUUGUGUUUUGUGUUUAAAUCUGGUGGUAAACUAUGUUUUAAUUCUGAAAUGUUUGUUGUACAGGAUUGGGUAUCACAUCCCAAUGUGUGCAGGAUUUUGUAUCAUCACCUUGGCAACCAUCUGUGAGUACAUUUGACCUGUCUAGACAUCGACUGUCUUGUGUGUGGACAACUUUUACACCGUCUCAUGUCAUUAUACGAAUGUGUAGCCAAAUUACUUUCGGUAUCUCUGGGAAUUUUCUCCAUUCCCCAAAACAGGCAUUUCAACUGACAGAAGUGUCACUGUGAUAACGUUCUCCUUAAACAGCUUAUCAACAUAUUUCUAAAGUUUGUCCACAGCUCCAUUAAGUUUGCUGGAGGAGGCGGGGUUUAUAACCUAUACUGCAACCAGUCACAAGGAUACUUGUUUUUGUAUUGAGUUAGGGGUGGUGAAGAAUGCAGUGGCUGGAAAAGAACAGAGUUAUUGUUUUGUGCGAAACAAUUUAUACUGAUAGAAGUUUUGAUGGUCAACUAAUAAUUUAACAGUCUUUGAUUUUCAGAUAUUUUACAAUUUCUUUACAAUUUUACAAUUUAAGAACUUCUUUAUAUCAGUGUUGUUUUUGGCAGGCAUUUUAGAUUUAGUUUUAGUCUUAGUCAUUUUGACGAAAUGCUUCUUCGUUUUAGUCCCAUUUUAGUCAUUUCUAUCCUUGAUAGUUUUCGUCUAGUUUUAGUCCGACGAAAACUCAAAAGGUUUUAGUCUAGUUUUAGUCGACGAAAAGGUGCCUUUUGAGGUUCGUGGUGUUCUUUCCCGACAGUUUGAAGCCGCAGCAUGAGGAAGCUGUGGCUCCACAACUGUCGUCUGUCUCGUCUCCCCGUCCAAGACAUUGCGUUUUAUUGUCACUUGGACUGUAUCUGAAGUAGGACCAUAAAUCAUCCCUCUUUUUUCGGCCACCGGGCACCGCUGCUGUGCCUGCCGCCACGGUGUGUGUGUGUGCGCGCCUCGUCCACCUGCCGCUCUGUGUAUGUGUAUGAGUGUGUGCGCGCAGCUGUGCGCGAGCGAGGCUUUUGGUGCGUGUGUGAUGGGGGCGUGACUGUUAGGACAAAAAAAAGCAUGUUUUGAAACUUUGUUCGUCCACCUAAUAACAAUUUAGUCUCGUCUCGUUCUCGUCUGACGAAAAUGAAUACAAUUUUCGUCACAUUUUAGUCUUUACAGAGCUUUGGUGACGUUCGUCUUAGUCUCAUUUUCGUCAGGGAAAAAAGGGGUCUGACGUCGUCAUUUAAGUUUUCGUCCUGCCUGACGAAAACAACACUGCUUUAUAUUAAUCAAAAUCUGUCUAUUUCUGCAAGUGUUUGCCAUCUCUUCAAGCUACAUCUUACUGCUGCUGGCAAGAGCAGUACAGGGUGUAGGUGGAUCCUGCUUGUCUGUAGCAGGUAUGAUAUACUCUAUUUGUAAUAGUCAAACACUUGCCCUAGGUUUCUGCCUGUUAAAAGGAAGUUUUUCCUUGCCACUGUCACUCAUGUUAAUUGAGAUGGGUCAAAUCCAUCCCAACUUAAGGUUGGGUCUUGGUAAUUCAUCAAACAAAGUGUGUGGUGUAGACCUUCUCUUUUUUUAGGAAAGCGACUUGGGAUAACGACUGUUGUGAUUUGGCGCUAUAUGAAUAAACUUUGAUUUAAUUUGAUUUAAUUUAAAUCUAGUAAGCUCUCAUCGUUGUUUUUACACAAAUUUGAAAUCCACCAUGAUAUCUGAAUUUCCCUCAUUGUUAUGACUGUUAUUUGUGUUUUGCAGGAAUGGCGAUGUUAGCAAAUAUGUACAGAGAUGAAAAGGAGAGGGGGCGUGCGAUGGGAAUAUCUUUCACUGGUUUGGCUUUAGGAUUGAUAGGUCUGUAUAAAGACACGGAAACAGAAGAAAUGCUAUUCAAAAAUUUCAUACACACACACACACACACACACACACAUCCUGCUUUCAUAGACCAGAUAGGCUUUUUUAGACUUGUAAGUCUGGUGCUAACCAGUGAGGGUGAUAAUGUUUUGCUGUUUGAUCAACUAAACAUGCUCAGCAUAGUUAGAGUAAUUGAUCUUUAUGAGGAAAAAAUGCUGUAUUUCCAGUUGUGUUUGAAAACUGUGAUACAUUAUACUGUAUAUACAGGUACUUACUAAAGUUGAACUUCUUUUCAGUGUUGAAUUUGUGACUCAUCACUUCUCCUCUGUCCCUGCAGCCGGUGCUCCUUUUGGCAGCGUGAUGUAUCAGUUUGUUGGAAAGAUGAGUCCGUUCCUGGUUCUGGCGGCCAUCGCUGUGCUGGGCGGAGGUAUUGUGCAAUUUUAGACAAAACAUGGAACAUUUAGUUCUUCAUGUUACUUCAGUUAUAAAAGCUUUUAAGAGCAGCUGUUACUUUGUCCACGUGCAGGUUUACACGCCCUCAUCUUUCAACCUUCACAUGUUCAAACUCAGGUAAAAUUCUUUAAUUCCAUGGGUCAAAGUUUUCAGUGAUCGAAGAAAGAUCAAUCCCCUUAGACUACCCAAUUAAAGUCCAUUGGAGUAGAAGAAAAUUAAUAAAUCAGUUUAAUUACGUUGCUUGUUUGUUAUAUUGUUUGGCAGCUUAUUCUUAAUUUUCAAAUAUAGUUUAUGUUUUGCAAGCUACUACCUCUGAAAAUCUGCUUCACUGUUUGUGCAGAUGGAAAAGGGGACCCCUCUAUUGACUCUCCUGAGAGAUCCAUACAUACUUAUUGCUGCUGGUAUAUUGAACCAUGUUACCGUACCAUAUACAAAACAGUGCAUAUUAUGUCAUAGAAUUAGGAGUCUGCUUUGGAAAAAGACAUAAACUUGAAAACACUCUGUUGACUCUUUCAGGAGCCAUCUGUUUCACAACUUUGAUUAUUGCUGUAAUAGAGACUGCCCUUCCUAUCUGGAUGUUGAAGACAAUGUGUGCAAGCAAAUGGCAACUAGGUAACAUUAAAAACAUUUUUUGUACAAGUGCAUGAGCUCAAAAACACACAAAGAGUUCAUGGAAUCAGCAUAGUUUUAUAUUCAUAUUGCAGCUAAAUCUAAAAUUAUGAAGUCCUAUCAGCUGACUGCAGUCAAUUGUCGGAAAUUUAGAGGUUCUCUGAUUGAAGCAAACCACAUAAGUCAAUAUCAUAUCACUGAGAAACAUGGACUCACUUUGACAGAUUUGGGACACACACCGCCCAACUCUGCAGGCAGAGGGCGCUCAUGUACAAAUUAAAAGUCUCGGUUUAACCCAGAUUACAUUCACUCAACAAAAACUCUUAAUAAUGGCACAUAACAGCAUUUAAUGACAGAAGAUAGCUGUUAAUGGUACAUGUAAUCAUUACCACUCAGUAGAAAUCAGUAGAACUCAGUAGAAAUUCCCGAAAGGAUUGGCCUCUGGCUACACUUUCUGUAGAAAAGAUAUAAAUGUCAAAAAUAGUGCCCAGUGGAUAAAACUUAAGUGUCCCUGGAUGCCUUUCCAGGAUAAAAAGUGUAAAAAAAAAAGCCCUCUCGUUUUUUUUCAUUGGAUAAAACAUCAAGUGCCCCAUGGAUGUCCUACCAGUAGACAAUGAAGACAGUGCCCUCUGGUCACAUCCAGUGGUUAAUAUUUUCUUUUAAAGUGCCCCUUGAAUGCCCUGCUAGUUGAUAAAGUGCAAAAAAAGAAGCCUCUGGGUUUUUGUUUCCCUCAACAUGUUUGUUAAAAAACUAUGUAUAUAUGUUUGUCUCACACUGUCUGUGUUAGGAAUUGUCUUUUUGCCAGACAGCAUAUCCUACCUCAUAGCAUCCAACAUCUUUGGUCACCUCUCACAGAAACACAGCGGGAGGUAAGAUGAUGCAGCCAAACAGAUUUUUUUUCUUCUGUUAAUGCUGUCUGUGAAUACAGCCAGGUUUUAACCAGGAUUGGCAGAAGACACAGCUAAAGACAAACUGUGUCAGAUCCACAUCUUACUUAUGAUUAUUGAUACUGACAAUAUUGACAAUUCAAUGCUGCAUAUUCAGUGCUUUUUGUAUGUGUUUGUCUCUUUGUCUCUCAGUUGGCUCUGUGCUUGUGUAGGAAUGAUCGUGGCAGGAAUAACCACAAUAACUGUAAGCCCUCUGGAUAAGGUCACCUUCCAUACUAUUGACACCCUAAAAUAACUCAAUAUUUAGGCAAUGUAGUAAUCCCAACUUUACUUGGAAUUACAAUGUGAUCAAUCUGUGAAACUCAACUCAGAAAUACUGGGGCUGAAAUCCAAUCCAAGUGAAUAAUAUGGAACAUUGCUGAAUUUCUAUAUUAAACAUGUUUUCACGUUUGAAAUUUAAAACGUCAAAACAUUAAUCCUCGGGUUGGUUGAGGUUGAUUAAAAUAAGGAUGUCCAUUUCUGUCUUUUGUGUUUCAGUUCCAAUUUUCCCAGAAUAUCUAUCAUUUGCUUGUUCUGAAUGCAUUCAUUGGCUUUUCAGUCGGUAAGUAAUGCUUCUUAUUUUUUACAUAUAGUUUAGUCACUGACCUUAAAAACAACAUGAUCAAUCUUGUUUCUAACAGGCUCAGUGGACUCCUCAAUAAUGCCCCUCAUGGGUAACUUAGUAGAUCUGAGAUAUCGACCGGUUUAUGGUACUGUUUAUGCCAUUGCUGAUGUUGCAAUAUGCAUUGGAUUCAGCAUAGGUAAGCAUUUUAAUAUUACCAUUGAAAUAAUGAUGUACAUGGGAAACAAUCAGUGUGUGUUUAUCAUGAAAAAGUAUACUAAAAAACAGUGUAAAGAGGCUGAAAAGAUAAUCUGCCUGAUGACAGACCUUGAAUCAGGCUGAUCAGUCAUGGUGUUCAAAGACUGACACCCACUUUAAAUCAAUCAACUUCAAGCUAAUGACAGAGCUACAGCUUAUUAGUGCUCAAAUGUCUAGGUCUUUUUCUCUUCUUUGUUUCUUUAUCUUUUUUUCUCUUCUUUUCAAAGGUCCAGCUGUCACUGGCCCCAUAGUGGCAUUGAUCGGCUUCCCCUGGCUAAUGACCAUAGUUGGGGCAGUAAAUAUGGUCUUCGCUCCUCUCUGCAUCUUCCUGUGCAGACCAUCUCAGCAGGAGGGACAUUUGGUAAGAGCUGGGAGGAAACUUAAAUAAAAAAAAAACAAAUCUUUAUAAUAGCUUGAUCCUAAAUAAUGAAACUGCAGGUACUGUAUAUGUACUUAUGCAUGACGUCUGUUUCAUCUCUUUCAGUUAAUAUCCAAAGGAAAUUAAGGGAACUCAUGCUGGACUGAUUCAUUAGAAUAACUUAAAUUCCUCUAUCCUGACCUUCUCCAUGAUGUUGCACUUUAUGAAAAUAACACCAUAACAGUUUUUUAAAUGAUGUGUCAAAUCUUGUACAAAUCCAGAGGACAUAAUACAUAUUUCUGCAGAUGUCUGAUUCUGCUCAGGACAUUUACAUUUAGUAAGACAUUUUCUUUGAACUUCUCUCGUGCUGCUGCUUUUGUUUGUUUCCCACACAGUCUGUCUUUUAAAAAAGAGGGAUGAUAAUGAGGGGAAAGUUCAAACUUUGUUUCCAGAACGGCAGGAAUUGCUGCUAUCGUCUGUCUAGAAAAGCUGCAAUUUCAUAAUCAAUGCUCCAAGCAUGUCACAUAACUGCUGUACAAGGCCUCUCCUUUACAAAGCAGUACAGUAGCACCGUCCAUCUAACAGUUUCAUCAGUUAAAUGCUGUCGUACUUAGAGGCCUCAACCUUUACUUCCCUUCAGAAUAAAUGUACUUUUCUCAUAGAUGCAUUCAAAGAAAUGACUUUAACUUUGUAAAUGUUGUCCAUCUAUCUUUGUUUGAUAUUCUGACAUGGUGUUUGAGAUUUUUGAAUGAAUAAUGCACCAAGUUUUUUU